UUCCAUCAUACCCACACCCCAUUUCUCUUCCAAAAUAAUAAUAUUCCUCCUCUUCCCAUUACAUCUCUCUCUCUCUUUCUCCACAUUAUUAUAUAACUUUUCAUUGUUGUUCAUCUCUUCCCAGUUCAGUUAGUCCCCCAAGAAGAUUGAAUGUAUGGAGAGAAACAACAGUUUGAGCAAAACCCUGAAGGACCACUGCGCCGGCAACAACUCCUCGCAUAGCCACCUCCACCAUCCCCGGCUGUGCUCGUCGAAAAAUCCAUGGAACAACAACUAUGGCAGCACUCACACCUACGGUAGAUCGGAAGAUAACUAUCUCUGUGGAAUCUCAUGGCCCCCGAGAUCUUACUCCUGCAGCUUCUGCAAGCGGGAGUUCCGAUCUGCCCAAGCCCUCGGAGGCCACAUGAACGUUCAUAGGAGAGACCGGGCACGUCUCCGGCAGUCAUCCCCCAUGGAGGAUUUUCAUCAGUACCCGGUUCUCUCCCUGAGCAGUACUAACCCUAGCCCCACCUCGAACCAUAAGCCUAACCCUAACCCUUAUGUCGCUUCCUCAGCCACUCCCCUCUUGAUCACUAGUUGCUCAUCAAUGUCUUGUCCUACUCUAGCUCCUUCAUCAGCAUUGGGUUCUCUGAAGGAAGUAAAGGCUGCAGAUCAAAACCUGCUUUCCUCUUUGAGAUCAGGAGCUACGGAGUCAAAACCGAAGUUGAGGAGUGAAGCUUCGAUUAGGGUUCAAGAAAUGGGGGAAAGGUACAAGUAUUCUAAUAAUAACAUGGAGAUGGAUCUUCUUAGCGGUCCAAAUGAUGAUUAUAUAGAUUUGGAACUUCGCUUAGGAUGCCCAUAGGCUAAUAUAUAAUAUUCCAGGUUUUUGUGCUGCCUUCUUUCAGGGUAUUAAUUAGUACAGCAGCAUAUAUAUAUAUAUAUAUAAAUGAUUAUUAGUCCUAAUGCACUCUCUGAUCUGUUCAGCUUGGUUAAGUUUUGGGGUGGAAAAACAAGGAAAAGUCCUGUUUCUUGUGAUAAAUCGAUGUUGAAUGUAAAUUUGAGGCUGGAAAGAUUCACAAUGCUUGGGAAGUUAUAGAAUCGGGAUAUGCUUGUGCACAUUUGACUAUGCUGGAUCAUAGAGAGACAUUUUUAUUUUGUUCAGUAAUCCACAGAGAGUUUAAUUA